AUGGCUGAGAUGUCGCGUACUUUUUUGGCUUCGAUGCAAGCUACCCUACCGAGUGCCCUCCAGACCGCGACCGGCCCCCUGUUCAAGCAGUUCGACGAGCGGGUGGCCCAGCGUUUCGAGGCCCUGCCGUCCCGUCUCCACGGUGCGGAGUCUAAGAUUGACACGGUCUCUGCCCUGCAGGAGGACAUGGGGUGCCGCAUUGCCAAGCUCGAGUCUGAGCUGGAUGUGGCCAAGGCCCAGCCCCCUGGCGAGCCUCCUGCACGGACUGCUGAGUGGGAUCGCCCUAAGGACUUCACGGUCUCUGCAAUCAGUGGGAAGGAUGAGGUGGCCUCUCUACACGUUCAAGCUGCGAUCGGAGGUUGGCUUCAGGAUGCAGGGUAG